AUGCCUGUCGCUCCAGUCUACCAGGAUCCAGAGAACACAGUGAUCACAUCACACAUAGUUCCUGCACUCUUCAUCUGGUCUACCGUUGGCAUGUUAUGCUGCCUCCCCGUUUUACCGCAGUUUUGGGCAACCCAGAUCUUCGCACUGAGAUGCCAUAUCAUUAUCGUACUCUUACAUUGUACUCAAAUGAUGAUAAAUGGGUGUGUUUGGAGUGGUCAUGCUCAAUACAUACCUAUUUACACCGAGCUGGGUGCCGCAAUCAGCAUUCUCUGUCUGGGGGUGCUUCGGGUCAACUAUAUUUGCUUGUUCAAAUUUCUGUGGAUUCGCUCGAAGCCUACUGGGAGCCUGUACAUCUACGACAAGAGGAAUUAUAUUAAUCUGAUCGACAAAUUGAUAGUCGGAGCCGGAGCAGGAUCGAUCAUUCUCUACGGUGCCGUUGGAGUGCGUAGUAUACUCAUUUUCGAAGGCAUAGGUCCAAUUACAACCGGUGCGGAGAAUCGAGUCCGUGCGCUCUUGCAUAGCAUCCCAAUUCACUGGAUUCCGCUCUUUUCAUAUGCUGGUUACGGUGGAAUGGCUCUGGUCAAUCUCUGGAGGUUUCGCCACUCAAACGAAUGGAUCGCACCCUCGCCUGAAAACCGUUCUCAGCCCCAUUCACUUAGCCUAGCUCAAGUAUUGAAACGUGGCCUCGCCAUUUCGACGCUUCUCUUAAUCGUCCUCAUCAGACCUCUCUUUUCACUCUGGUCGACCUUGUGGUACCUCGUGAACGAUCUUGAAGCAUUCCGAACCACUCCUUCUCCAAUCGUUCCCAAGAAUCAGCUUGUUAUAUACGGAUGGUCUCAAAAUGGCCUCGACGCCUACAAACAUAUCCCGACAAACAUGGCCUUGCCAGACAGACAGAGCGUACUCAUGACUGCAAACAACUUCAUUCCGCUUCCAGCAAUUCACCUUCUCAUCUUUUGGGGCACUGGAAAAUAUUCGCGGGCAUUGUACAAUCACUGGUUCUGCCAGUUGUCUACUCUACUCCGCCUAUCACGGCUACGAGAAGCGAUCAACAUGCGCUCAAGGGGGAGACAAGUCGCCGAGGCGAACACUAUUGUCCCUUUUGGAGGAGCGUCAAUACCACUAGAUAAUGUCCCCUCUCGAACCGCGGCUUCAUUGAGCUCCGGUGUUGCGCGUCUGCCUCACAUCACUGCUAUUUCCCCUUUCCCUGGCGGCAAUACCCUGCCUUUGCCAUGUGCUCCACCUCCUGCGGCUCCUCCAGACCCGAUUCGAAUGCAAAGUAAGCGACAGGUACCAGUCCAGCCAGCGACUGAGCGGUAUGUGUCGGUGCACAAGCAUCCACCACCACCAAUAGCGAAUAUCCCUAUUAUGCCAACAUCGACCUCGUCCUCAGGCAAAGUUCACAAACUACCCCCAUUCCAAACCUCCAUCGACACAAAACUCGUUGCUAAUGACAUGUAA